AUGGCCAAUUUGAUCUGUGCCAUCGACCCGUUAUGCGAGAUAUACGUGGCAAGGGUUGCUGAAGAUGCGUUCGGAAUAAGGCCUGACAGAGUAGCAAAGGCGAUUGAAUGGGCCAGAAGUAAUGACGUCGAUAUCAUCUCGAUGAGUUUCGUCCUCGGCGAAUCGAGCAAGGAGCUUUUUGACGAGAUAAACGCAGCGACCAAUCAGGGCAUCGUCAUGACUUGCAGCACCCACGACGAGGGAUCCAGAGUCGAAAAAGCUUGGCCUGCAAGCUACGAAGGGGAGUCGGUAUCGUUAAUAGUCUUGGCGGCCUGCGACCAUUACGGGAGGGUUCUUCGACACGUGGAGAAGGACAAGUAUCACUACCUCAUACGAGGCCAGAACGUAGCCGCCGGUGCCAUACCCUUCUUGACGUCCGAAGACACCAUCACAGGGAGCUCCGUGUCCACGGCACUUGCCGCCGGAAUUUCCUCCCUGGUCCUUACCUGCGACCGUCUAGCACAUCCAGGGAAGUCAUACAAGGGGGGCGUCGAUGAAGGCAGUCGCUAUUUCAUCGUGAAGAAACACCUUAAUAUGAUGCGAUCAAGUGAAAAGACACAGUUCGUGGUCCUGGAAAAGUUCGGCGGAAUUGACUCCCCGCGCAUCGCACCCUCCGACGGCCCCGGGAUACCUUCUGUUCAAUCCGUAUUGGAAGAUAAAUUCGAAAUGCGCCAGCAGAGGUAG